AUGGACAGUCCCCGUAACAGGACAUACCUCCAACAGGUUGAGUGCCUUUGGAAGGUCUGUAAUGUCACAGAGCCGCAUCUUGACGUAGCGACGUUAAUUCCGUCGCUUGCAGCUGACCGUACAGCCGGGGGCGACUACACAGGAACCAUCAUCACCACAAUCCUUUGUCUGUUUAGUGUCGUAGGUACGCUCGGCAACGGACUUGUUCUUUAUGUAUUCACACGCACCACCGGCAAACUGACGUCAACUGUAUUUAUUUUGGCUCUUGCGGGUACAGACUUUGUUACGUGUCUCGCCAUAAUUCCCCUCACAGUCAUAGCAAUCCAUGUACAAUAUGAGCUCAUGUAUGACGGCGUGUGCAAGUUGUACCAGUUUCUGAUCACGUGCACAGUGCCAUUGUCGGCGUUCAUAAUGGUUGCAAUAGCUGUUGACAGGUACAUUUGCAUCUGCCAUCCAUUUUCGCACGUGAUGACGGUCUUGCGGGCGAAAGUUAUAGUAGGUGUUGUUGCGUGCUUUGCCGUCAUUCUGGGAAUAAUAACCGCCCUCGGACAUGGCGUCUACCAAGUCGUGAAUAGGAAUGAAACACGAGAUCUACCAUAUAACGAGUCCAUCUCAAGCAACAUUGAUUUUGGAUCCAAUGAAAACUACACACGCGACCACGUUCUUGGAGGUAAAAGUAUCGUAGGCGCCCCGUAUAAUGUUGUCAAUUAUCAGACAGUGGCAGAAGUUGUAUAUAAUGGAACAUGCUACCCAAAUGCGGUUAUUGUUUCGGGCAGCUUUACAGAAGUUUACCAAAAAAUAUAUUCUUCGUUUUAUCUGUGUUCUUUGAUAAUUGUGCUGAUACUCUACUGCUUAAUAUAUAGUUCGGUUACCCGACAGAGGGCCAAGCGAAGAGCCCAAAAGAAAGAGAGCAGGGUUAAGCAGGUAAACAUGCAGUGUCAAACAGACGAAAGUACGAUGCCUCUAUCACAUACACCAUUGCGCAAAACAAAGAAGGACACGGUGAACAAUUUACACGUAGAAAUGGAAGGACAGACAGUCAGCACAAAACUGACAAUAUCAAAUAACCAUGAAAAUGGCAGUACCGAAAUGCUGGAAACGAAACCAAUUUGUACUACGGUUGUUAGAAGGUCUGACGAUGUGGAGAGACAAAAAGAGAAGAAAGACCAUUAUAGACUGGCGAACAUUAAAACUGCGAUCAUGUUGUUUAUUGUGACGAUUGUGUUUAUUAUCGCUUUUCUACCAGGCUGGUUGAUGGCCCACGAAUGGUUGGCAUUCGACACUAUUGUUUUCUAUAUGUACUUUGUGUACAACGUGGCAAACCCAGUCAUCUACGCGUUCAUGAAUCAGAUGUUUCGCGAUAACUUAUGCAAGAUUAUCAGUAGCUGUCGCAUGUAUUAUAGGAGUCGUGAAAACUAAUACAUGCAUUUUAAACCUACCGCCAAAUUCGUAAUGAUUUAUAAAUUCCCAGUCUAUACUCACAAACAAUUUCCUCUCAACCAAGAUAGAGUGCCCCGCGCCCUAAACAUGUCUUAAACUCAACUGAUGUAAUAAGAUGUAUUUUUUAAGCGUGUUAUUCAUUGUCGGCCUUACACACUUGCAUAGAAUCUAUCCUUAAUGCCGUGG